UACAAAAACCUCUGCUUUCUACCGCCUUCUCUGAAAAAAAAUCUCAGGAGGGCUGUGCUUCUCAGUUCUCAGCCCCUUUAGCCUUUUUUAAUCAUCUCUUUUCUUGUUCUUCAAGUCAUUUCCGAUUUUUCUCUUAUAUGCUUUCGCAAACUUUCUAGGGUUAGGGUUUCGCCAGAUUUCCAGAGAAAACCAGACAACAAAAGAAGUUGAGUUGCAGAAGAAAAGAAAUGGGGAAGACUCAGGCAAUAGGGAUAAUCACAGCCAUGGCGGCGUCUGCUUCGUUGUCCAAGCCCCAACAAGCUCACGCCGAUGGCCCUUUCAGCUUCUCUCCCUUCGGUGGCUCUUCUCCUUCUCCUUCUCCAAAUGUUCAUCCUCCUGCUCAAGCUUCUUCUUCUGCCGCUUCUCCGCCGGGGAAUGCGGAGGCUCCUCCGCCGCCUCCGAAGGUUCGGAACGAUCAUCCGAGGACGACCUCGGCCGGGUUCGAUCCUGAGGCGCUGGAGCGGGGCGCCGAGGCUCUCAAAAAGAUCACAAAAUCUUCUGAAGCCAAAAAGGUGUUUGAAGUUAUUAAAAAGCAAGAAGAGACGAGGCAAGCUGAACUGGCGGCAAAGGCUGAGGAGUUUAGGGCAAUGAAAGCUCAGGCAGAAACUGAGAGACAAAGAGUCUUAUAUGAUGAGCAGAGGAAGCUAGCUCAGCAUCAAGCACAAACAAAGUCCCAAAUGGCUCGUUAUGAAGAUGAUUUGGCAAGGAAGCGGAUGCAGUUAGAGAAUGAAUUACAGAGAGCAAGGAAUCAAGAACUAGUUAAAUUGCAAGAGGAAUCCUCAAUCCGACAGGAGCAAGUUCGUAGAGCAACAGAGGAACAAAUCCAAGCACAACGUCGACAAACGGAGAAGGAGAAGGCUGAGAUAGAACGAGAAACAAUCCGAGUGAGGGCUAUAGCAGAAGCUGAAGGGAGAGCCCAUGAAGCAAAACUAGGUGAGGAAGUUAACAGGCGGAUCCUAGUAGACCGUGCAAAUGCAGAACGAGAGAAAUGGGUUGCUGCAAUAAAUACAACUUUUGAUCAUAUUGGUGGGGGCUUGAAAGCCAUUCUAACGGAUCAAAAUAAACUGGUCGUUGCUGUUGGGGGUGUCACUGCUUUAGCAGCAGGGGUGUACACAACAAGAGAAGGUGCUAAGGUGAUAUGGAGCUAUGUGGACAGAAUAUUAGGACAGCCGUCGCUAAUAAGAGAGUCCUCGAGAGGGAAAUAUCCGUGGUCAGGAUUGUUUUCACGUGCAAUGAGCACCCAUCGUACUGAUAAGGGAUCGUCCCAAACUGGCAAUGGGUUUGGUGACGUUAUUUUACACCCUUCUCUUCAAAAUAGAAUAAAACAGUUGGCUAGCGCAACUGCCAAUACGAAGUCCCAUCAGGCACCAUUUCGGAACAUGCUCUUUUAUGGUCCUCCAGGAACAGGAAAAACUAUGGCUGCGAGAGAGCUAGCUCAAAAAUCUGGGUUGGAUUAUGCAUUGAUGACGGGAGGGGAUGUUGCUCCUCUGGGAUCACAGGCUGUUACCAAGAUACACCAAUUGUUUGAUUGGGCGAAGAAAUCUCGGAAGGGUUUGUUACUUUUUAUUGAUGAAGCGGAUGCAUUCUUGUGCGAGCGAAAUAAAACCUAUAUGAGUGAAGCGCAAAGAAGUGCACUCAAUGCCCUCCUAUUUCGCACUGGUGACCAGUCCAAGGACAUUGUCCUUGCCCUCGCAACAAACCGCCCUGGUGAUCUUGAUUCGGCUGUGGCAGAUCGUAUUGAUGAAGUUCUGGAAUUCCCUUUACCCGGGGAGGAAGAACGUUUUAAGCUUCUAAAGCUGUAUCUUGACAAAUAUCUAGCUCAGGCUGGCUCAAGAAAAGCCGGUGUGUUCCGUAGUUUGUUUAAGAAAGAACAACAGAAGAUUGAGAUUAAGGGCUUGACAGAUGACAUCUUGAAAGAAGCAGCAGCAAAGACCGAAGGCUUUUCUGGGAGAGAAAUAGCUAAACUAAUGGCGAGUGUCCAAGCUGCUGUUUAUGGCAGUGAAAAUUGUGUGCUUGACCCGAGCCUUUUCCGCGAGGUAGUUGACUACAAAGUCGCGGAACAUCAACAGAGAAUAAAACUGGCAGCUGGUGAUAAAAGUAACUAAUGAUCUCUUUAUUAAAGUUCCAUCAGUUUUGAAGUUGCCUAUGAAGUAGCUAAAAAUAGGCUAGCAUUUAAAUUAAACAUUUGAGAAAGCCCGCACCUAUUUUUCGUUUUGGGCAUUAUGACAACUCGCCAUUAUUUGUUGCCCCCAGAUGUUUGGGGGUUUUUGUAUUUGUUCUAAUCCGGCUUAAAAAUUCAAUGUUAGCAGUGAUUGUUAAAUUAAACAUGAUUCUUUUCGUUGCCUUGUGGCACCAAAUUAUUCUGAAGCCCUCACUUUCUUUCUGGUUUCUUGUAGUAGAUUUAUCGUCUCUG